CGUGUCGUCGGUUUCAGUUUCAAACUUUCCCGAUUGAACGGAUUAUAGGAAUAACGAAUCGAAAUAGAAAAUAUUUGUGUAUACACAUAGAAAUUGAAUUGCGCGCUUCAAGUUCUGACUGUAUCUGUGUGUGUUCAGUGUUGGCUCACUGUAAACGUGUUUUAGUUUUGGUUAACAGCAUCAAUUGGCUGCACUUUUCUGCACCUCUAAUAAGUAUUAGCCAUAUACCGAAGAACAACUUCAAAUACCCCAUCGUAGGCAGUGCGAAUAAAUACCAGAAUAAAGUGGAAGAUGAGUUACUUGCGCUCCAUAGAAAUCUCACGCGUCGAAAUGUCGCCGGCGGAUGACAAUUCCUUUGCCACAACAAAUGGCAGCAAGAAGGCAACCUACACUAUCAUCACCAUCAAAGUUGUUGAGCUGUGUCUGCUGAUAUGUUGCCUGGGACUGAUCGACGAGCCGGCCACCAACUCGCACUUGCGAGUCUUCAUCACACCCAGGGUCAUGGCACUUAGUUAUGUGACUUUUGGAGCAUUGACCAUUUACACGGCAAUCUAUUUGAUUAUGGCUCUAUUUGGAGAUCUCACGCCUUGGCGCACUGCGACGCUUUGGUCCUUGUUGGGCUUUGUCCUGUAUGUGGCUGUGACGGCGCUGCUGUUCCGUGACUGGAGCACCACAAAGGAUCGCAACUACUGGCAUCCCAAUAUGCAUCGCCUGGAUCUGGUAAUGGCAUCCGCUUCCAUUUCGCUGGUCACCGCCUUGGUCUAUUUGCUGGAUGUGCUACUCACCAUUCGCUUUGGCGUGCACGGAGACCUGGAAUGACAUCGCACUCGACUCUUCCAGACUCUGGUCUAACUGGACUGUAAUAUUUACAGUGCUUAGUCGUAAGCGGUGCCCCAACCCCUGCUAAUUGUUCAGAAUAUCUGUACCAUAUACAUCAUAAUUGCCAUCAAUUGAAAAAAAUGUACAAAAUCCCCAUGAGUAGGAAGUUUUUUUGAUAAAUGUUAAAGUGUCGCUUACAGCCCUUAGAAUACGAAUCACGAAACGUUUUUUCUAAUCUAUCUAACAUAAGUUUUACACCGAAUAUUUUUGUAA